GCAGAGCCUGUGGACCAGACUCCCACUGAGCUAGCUGCUGGGGUGGUAGAAUGAGCCCAGCUGUCCUGAGGGCUGCCCAGUACCCAUCUGGUAUCAUCUUCUAGGAGUGGGGAAGAGAAUGAGGAGGUGACACCAUGGGGAUCCUGCCGUCCUGGCCUGUAUGCUGCUAUCGCAGAGGCUGGUCCGACUGCGGUUACCACAGGUUAUACAGGGUGCUGCGCAAUGUAGUAUACUUCUUUCUGCAGAAGACUGAAGCUAUUGUAAGAAACCAGCUUCACGAGGAAGGUGAUCCCAACACCAAGAUUGUGAAAGCUACCGUGACAAGCUGUGACAGUGAAUGCGGCUGGAUCGAAAACUGUGUCUUCUUCAGCUCUGAUGUUGUGAUCGGCCAUAUGCCUCUUCGAGCUGGAGAUGAAGUCCUCGCAUUUGUGGAGGAAGACCCACUGUCCCUUCAGUUGAAAGCAACUCAAGUAUGUUUCAUUUAUGAAGAUGAUAAGCCCAGAAAACCAGGUUCGAAGAUCCGUGAUAUUUCCGUGUGUGUUUCUCAGGUGAAGAAAGAUUUCAUCUACAUCGCAGAUGAGUACUACUUCUACCUGGACAGCAUUUCUAAAGCUAUCUUAGGUUUUACACCUUAUGAAGGGGACUGGCUGGAUAUUGAGUAUUCUCCCAGGAAAGGAUUGCCAAGUAUCCUAGUGCACUCACUGAAGGCCACAUUGCGCCGGUAUCUACAGGAGGUCCUUGUAACGCAUGUGCACAAAGGGAAAGGAGUGCUGGAUCAUACCAUCUUUUUCACCUUGGAAUCACUGAAACUCCCCGAGGGCUACACCCCUCUCGUGGGCCAUGUUGUCAGUGUGGUGAUCGUGCAAAGCAUCCGGCCCAACUACAACUGGAGGGCGAUCUCCAUGACCCCGACGCGCGGUGAUCUUGCAAAGCAUCCGGCCCAACUACAACUGGAGUGCGAUCUCCAGGACACCGGUUCUAUUGUCUGAAGAGGACCCUACUUCAAGUCGUUUCUAGAAGUACAGGGCCUCACUUAAUGAAAACGCUUAUGUUAGGAACUUUAGAGGAAAGGGUUUGUGAACUUUCUGGCCACUAUACUGCUUAGAUCCACCUCCACGGAGCGGGCUCUCUAUCCAUCAGAACACACUCUCAAGAUGCCUCUUGAUGGCAGCAAUACCAGCGUAUGACCUGAGCUGAAAUCUCCAGACUUCUGCAACCUGUAGUGGGCCCUCCGCUGCGCCUCGGGCUGGUUUGUCCCAUAAAGAACAUGUAGGACAAAGCAUGUGACUGGAGGCGCCCCAGCCAGCGCUGCACGGGGUCCCUUUGGAGUCUGUUCAUGGGGCCUGUGUUGUUCCUCUGCCCACAGCGCUUCCCGCCUCCCACACCGACUGAGUUUGUGACAGUUAUUAUCUGCCCGUGGCCCAACGACAGGAAAGACGGACAGAGUUCACAUGACUAAUUUGAAUAAAUGAAUGUUUCGAGCAGCAA